GUUCUAUCAGUAUCUGGCUCCCCCUGCGGCCACCUGGGCGUGGGGUCUGUCCUGGGGCCACGCCAGCAGCGCUGACCUCGUCACCUGGCGCCACCUGCCACUAGCGCUGGCGCCCUCGGCCGGCGGGCCGGACGCUGGCGGCUGCUUCAGCGGUGGGCGAGAGCGGCGGGCGUUGAACGCGCGCCCGCAGUGA